AUGUCCUUCCCCUUCCGAAUAAUCGAACAUACCAUCCCAGGCCAACACAUCCGCGAAUCCCCCCGUAGCAUCAGAGGCCGUCAAGAGACGCCCAUUAAAAUCGCCAUAAAACAAUACAUCCCCAACGAUGCCGACAGGCCAGACCCCACUCCCGACAAUGCAAUUACCAUAAUCGGGGUACCCGGAAACGGGUCCCCGAAAGAAAUCUACGAGCCUUUAUGGGAAGACCUCUACAGGCAGCUGAAGAAGCUCUCUGUGCCGGUGCGUGGGAUUUGGGUGGCGGAUACGUCGAACCAGGGUGCUAGUGCUGUCUUGAAUGAAGAGGUUCAGGGGGAUCAGACUAAUUGGUAUGAUCAUUCGCGCGAUCUGUUGCAUAUGGUUAAUCAUUUUCGGGAUGAAAUGCCGAGGCCGAUUAUUGGGGUUGGGCAUAGUAUGGGUUGUGCUCAAUUGGUCAAUCUUUCAAUCAUCCACCCACGUCUACUAUCAACCCUGGUCCUGAUCGAACCAGUCAUCCUGGAAGUAGCCUUCGGCGGCCCCAACCCAGCCAUGAUGGCCAGUCGCCGAAGGGACCUGUGGGAAUCACCCGAAAAAGCCGUCGCCUCUCUCACCAAAGGCCUAGCAAAAUGGGAUCCCCGAGCUCGAGACCGCUAUCUCCGCCACGCACUCCGCCCGGUGCCAACCCGACUCUACAACCCAGCUACAGAUCCCAAAGUACCCCCGACAGCAGUAACACUCACAACAACCAAGCACCAAGAAUCCUGGAACUUCUUCACGCCGAACCUCGAACGCGAGGAACUCGACCGUCUUCUCCUACCAGACUGGGACGUAGAGAAAGAGCGACCGUAUUUGUUUUCCAGGCCGGAAUGUUGGUCCGCCAUGCGGAGUCUGCCGUACGUGCGGCCCAGUGUGCUCUGGGUGUUUGGUGGGAAGAGCUUUCUCUCUCUCCCGGAUGCGCAGGAGUCGAAGAUGCGGACUACGGGGACGGGGACUGGGGGGAGUGGUGGGGUGGCUAAGGGGAUGGUUGAGAAGGCUGUGCUGCCGAAGGGGGGGCAUACGCUUGUGUUUGAGCAGGUGGAUUGGUGUGCUGAGAGGGUUGCGGAUUGGACGCAGCGGUGGUUCCGGGGUUGGCUGGAGGAUGAGAAGUUUUGGGAAGAGUAUCAGAGUCGGGGUUCUGAUAAGGAAGGGGUGAGGAUGUCGGAGGAGGCGUUUCAGAUUGCACAGAUGCCUGUGGGGACGAAGAGGGGAGAGAAGCCGAAGGCGAAGUUGUGA